AUGAUGAUGUUUUGGAAGCUUAUGUUCAUACUUGCUGUGUUUACCGCCACAACACAGGCGGACUGUCCAAUGAGUCAAAAUCCUAAAGCUGUGAUUGAGUGUCUACGUUACAUAACAUCGGGUCUUUAUGGAGCAGUAACGAAAGAUUUGAAAAUAAUUUGUUCGAUUGCGUCUGAUAUUGCUAUAUGUGCAAGACGGGAAUUGGGUGAUUGUGUCGCAGCAGAAGUUGGUAGAAAAGCGCUUGACGAAAUUAGAGAUUUGGCCGAUAACUGCUGUCCAGAUAGAAACCGUCCGCGAUGUCCUAUUCGAGAUUCGAUAAUAAACGAACAGCGUUGUUUUGCAGCCGACUCUCUUGUCACUCUGGCCAAUGGACAACACAAGUUCAUUACACAACUACAAUCAGGCGACACUCUUCUCGCCUACGACGAUAAAACUAAACAACUCAUCCACACACCUCUCCUCACCAUGCUCGAUUUCCAACCACACCGAUUCGCCUUGUUCAAGCAGCUCACAACUCUAUCCGGUCGACAACUAUCACUCACUUCAUCUCAUCUUCUUCCAACAAGUGACCAAAGCUAUGUCAUGGCAAAGAAUCUUCGCAUUGGCAUGAACAUCUAUGUCAUGAAUGAUGAAGGUGUGCUGGUGAGUGAAACAAUCACGAAUAUAACAGAUGUUGUGAAACAGGGAUACGCUGCUCCACUGACUGCAGAAGGUACACUGAUAGUGAACAACAUCGCUAGUUCAUGUUAUGCAACAAUCAACAGUCAUCAUGUUGCUCAUGCUGCAGUGGCGCCGAUGCGAUGGUGGUAUCGUUUAUUCGGAAUGUCGUGGAAGGGAUCGGAAGGAGGAGAAGGAAUUCACUGGUCUUGUUGUGUGCAAAGUCGUUUUCCUCGUCAUCUGACUGCUCCGAUUUACUACGAUGUUAUUCAAAAUUCUACUUAUCAUGAUCCGUUGGAAUUAAUUGAAUGCUUAUCUCAUCUGAGCACCAUGCUGCUCGGAUUCGCCAAGAACGAUAUCAGUAGAGUAUGUCGAUCCACUUCGUUGAUAGCACAGUGUGCUCAAGGUCAUCUCUCAGAAUGUGUUGGACAGCAGCUAGGCAUUGCCGCAUUUAAUGAAAUUAGGCAUUUGGCACUGAAUUGUUGCCCAGAUCGCAACAGUGCAAACUGUUCUAUUCGAGACUCGACACUGAAAGAUCAACGUUGCUUUGCUGCCGACUCUCUUGUCACUCUGGCCAAUGGACAACACAAGUUCAUUACACAACUACAAUCAGGCGACACUCUUCUCGCCUACGACGAUAAAACUAAACAACUCAUCCACACACCUCUCCUCACCAUGCUCGAUUUCCAACCACACCGAUUCGCCUUGUUCAAGCAGCUCACAACUCUCUCCGGUCGACAACUAUCACUCACUUCAUCUCAUCUUCUUCCAACAAGUGAACAAAGCUAUGUCAUGGCAAAGAAUCUUCGCAUUGGCAUGAACAUCUAUGUCAUGAAUGAUGAAGGUGUGCUGAUGAGUGAAACAAUCACGAAUAUAACAGAUGUUGUGAAACAGGGAUACGUUGCUCCACUGACUGCAGAAGGUACACUGAUAGUGAACAACAUUGCCAGUUCAUGUUAUGCAACAAUCAACAGUCAUCAUGUUGCUCAUGGUGCAGUGGCACCGAUGCGAUGGUGGUAUCGUUUAUUCGGAAUGUCGUGGAAGGGAUCGGAAGGAGGUGAAGGAAUUCACUGGUUUGCAAAUAUGUUGUAUGAAAUAGCUGUAUUCAUUGUUCCAUCCAUCAUACACUAUUGA